UAUAUAGAGAGAUUUAAAUGAUUGGUAUCAAAAUUAAAUACAAGUCCCAUAUAAAAUCGAUUAUUUAAAUAUAAAACCUAGUUUAAAGUAGCAGAUUGCGUUCCCAUAUUCCUUCAACAAAUCAGAGCAAUGCUUCGACCUACAAAAUUCACCAGACCUUCCCUAGCCCUCCUCCACUUCCACUUCCAGUCCUUAACCGCCACCGCCGCCGCCGCUGUUGCGCCGCCAAACACUCGAACCCAGAUCGACGAAGCCCACCUCCUUCGAGUCUGCACAAUCCUCUACCAACAGCAAAAUUCUCCCGACGCAAAGCUGCACACCAAUCUCAACAAAACCCAAUUCCAUCUAACCCACGAAUUCUUUCUUCAAGUCUGCAACAAGUUCCCAUAUUCAUGGCGGCCCGUCUACAAAUUCCACCAAUUUUCCACUUCCCACCCGCACUUCGCCCACACCGCCACCACCUUCAACAAGAUCCUCGACGUCGUCGGAAAAUCAAGAAACCUCGAUCUCUUCUGGCCCCUCUGCAGAGAAGCCGGCGAGCGCCGCCUCGUCAAUGUCAAGACCUACAUAAUCGCGCUGCGCACAUUAGCCGCCGCGAGGGAAUUGAAGAAAUGCGUCGAGUUCUUCCAUUUGAUGAAUGGUUUUGGGUACGAGUAUAAAGUCGAGAUCUUUAACGCCGUGGUUGAGGUUUUGUGUAGGAACAAGCUUGCUGAUGAGGCAAAGCAUGUUGUGGUGAAGUUGAGGGAUUGGAUUAGGCCCGAUUCGGAUACCUAUAGGUGGUUGAUUCAUGGGUUUUGUGAAGUGGGAGAUUUGAUUGAGGCGUCGAAGCUGUGGAAUUUGAUGGUGGAGGAGGAGGGUUUGGAGCCUUGUGUUGAAGUGGUGGAGUUGAUUUUGGAGGGUUUGUUCAAGAGCAAUAAGUUUGGUGAAGGGUUGAAGCUUUUUCAAUCGAUGAGAGUGAGGAGGGUGGAGCGUUUGGGGCUGUCGACGUAUCGCCUUGUGAUAGAGUGGCUGUGUAGGAAGGGGAAAAUGGGGGAGAGUUAUGAGGUUUUUGAGGAGAUGAAGACGAGGGGGAUUGAGCCGGACAAUGAGAUACUAGGAUGGAUAGUGUAUGGGCUUAUGAGUAGGGGGAGAUUGAGGGAGGCUUAUGGAGUGUAUCAAAGUGUGGAGAAUGGGGAUGUGUGUGUGUACCAUGGGAUGAUCAAGGGGCUGUUGAAGUUGAAGAAGGCGGGUGAGGCGACAGAGGUGUUUAGGGAGAUGGUGAGGCGGGGGUGUGAGCCCACGAUGCACACCUACGUGAUGCUGCUGCAGGGGCAUUUGGGGAGGCGGGGGCGGAGAGGGGAGGAUCCGUUGGUGAACUUUGAUACAAUCUUCGUUGGGGGGUUAAUCAAAGCAGGGAAAUCAUUGGAGGCGACUAAGUAUGUGGAGAGAGCGAUUAAUAGAGGUGUUGAGGUUCCGAGGUUUGAUUACAACAAGUUCUUGCAUUACUUCUCUAAUGAGGAAGGUGCGGCGAUGUUUGAGGCUAUGGCUGUGAAGUUGAGGGAAGUUGGUUUGUUUGAUUUGGCUGAUAUAUUAGCUAGGUAUGGGGUGAAGAUGGCCACGAGAGAUCGAAGAAGAAACAGAGAUGACCGCUCACUUGCAUCAUCUCCUCAGUAAUAUUAAUGGUAAAAAAAAUGUGUCAGUUUGUGAAGAAUGGUUUUUGGCAGAGGAGUAGGCGCUGGUCGGUCCCGUUAUCUACGUCGAUAACCCUUGCUUCCCAGUGAAGACGAGCAGCAACAGUUUUUGCCAUCUCUAUCAGAUCGAUCUUGUCGGAAAUGACAACCCACCCCUGUCACGAUUAUCACCAGAUUUAAUAAAAAAAACAUUUGAAUGUGAAUAUUUGAAGCAUAUAAAACUCUUACACAUUACCUCAGGCCGGAGAAUUCGAUCCAUGUCGAAGAUCAGAUCGGUAAUGCUGCACUUGUCUGAAACCAGGUGGGAUAACAGACCCUUUGCAUGAAGCAUAUCGUAUGUCCGAGAAUAUGUAGGGAAAGGCUCACCCCUCACAAGUAGUAAUAUUAUUUCAGUAUCGCCACAUUUUAAGGAGACGUUUUGUUUUUGGACGAUAGAAGCAUUGGAUCUUACCAGUUAUGUACAACACCUGCAAAGCCUUGAUCAAGAAUGAAAGGGAGGGUGCUGCUUUCACCCAUAGGAACAACAUUCAUCACCCGCACCGAGUGCCCACCUUCCAGUAGGGCAGCGUUCAAGCCUCCGUAGCGGUCUGAGAAGAUCAAAGGAGAUAGCAAUGGCCAGUAGUUUCUCAGAGAGGAUCUCCAGAACUCCAGAUCUUGAGAAAAUUCUUGAGGAUGAAUUCCUGUAAAGCCAAGUUAAAUAAUGUAUUGAUAUGAUGUGAUUUAAGCAACUAAUUUAUGGCAUUACAUACCAUGGA